UCAAUUCUCAUCAAUAUUGCAAGAAUGGUAGGUUUCAAUGAGCGUGGAGAUGGUGUCUGAGCAGUUGCUUACCGAUUUAGGUGAACGAUCUUCGUUAUCCUAGUGCUGAGGAAGAGGCUCAGAAGCACAAGCUGAAGCGUCUUGUUCAGGCUCCCAACAGCUUCUUCAUGGAUGUGAAGUGCCCCGGAUGCCUCACCAUUACGACUGUUUUCAGCCACGCCCAGACUGCUGUCGUCUGCGAGAACUGCAAUGCUCUGCUCUGCACCCCCACUGGAGGCAAGGCGCGCGUUGUAACUGGUUGCUCCUACAGACCCAAGAAGUAACGGGGAGAACCAUGUGAUUUGAAAAGCAAAGAUUAUUCCGCUUUGGUU